AGUAGUCGUAUCCAACUAAUCCCACAAACGAACCGAUCGAUUUUGAUCGCUCUCCUUCCAAUUUCUAGUUGAUGGCGACUCCUUAUCAAUGAAUUUCUUUUUAAGGAAAUCCAGCAGAAUUUCGAUUUUACUUGGACGUUGCAUUGAUUUUCAAACACAUUAUUCAACUCCUUCGAACUCUUAUGGCCAUCUCUUCUCGAACACCGAGUUACUCUCUCACGAUCAGAGACAAAGACGACGAGCAAUACGACCUAGAAGAGGGAAAGCGUGGCUGUCUCAUGGUAGCUCUCUGUCCUUGUCUCGUUUGUUUCAUUCUUCUUCUUAUUGUGGUCGCCGUCGUUCUCAUUGUCAAGUUUCGUUUGUUUUGCCACACCCCCCUUCACUCCGUACUGUACAAGAAACAUUGCUAAUUAAAUCUAUGAGUGUUUCAAUUUCUUCAUUGAACAAUCAGAAUUUGCCAGCGAAAGUUUUGGAUUUGAAUUAUAAGGGUUUUUCUAGUGUUACAUAUGAUAGUUCAGAUUUUGAUGAUGACGUGGAAUCUGAUGUUAAUGUUGAAAGUGAUAAUGAAAGUGUUAGUGUUAAGUGCAGUGUGGAUCCUAAGGAAGUAGAUAGGGUAUGCAAGGUGAUUGAUCAAUUGUUUGCUUUGGAUCGAAACAUGGAGGCGGUUCUUGACGAAUGUGGGAUCAAUAUAUCUCAUGAUUUAGUCAUAGAAGUAUUAGAACGAUUUCGUCAUGCCAGAAAACCGGCUUUUCGGUUCUUCUGUUGGGCAGGAGAGAAGCCAGGAUUUGCCCAUGAUUCUAGGACUUACAAUGCAAUGAUGAAUAUAUUAGGGAAGACCAGACAGUUUGAGACAAUGGUGUCCAUGCUUGAAGAAAUGGGCACAAAAAAUCGUUUGACGGUGGACACGUUUAAGAUUGCUAUGAAUGCUUUUGCUGCUGCCAAGGAGAGGAAGAAAGCAGUUGCAAUAUUUGAGUUGAUGAAGAAGUAUAAAUAUAAAGCGGAUGUUGAUACUAUUAAUUUCUUGCUUGAUAGUCUUGGAAGGGCAAAGCUUGUUAAAGAAGCACAGUUACUUUUUGAGAAGUUGAAAGAUAGGUUUACACCAAAUUUGAUGACUUAUACGGUGUUGCUCAAUGGUUGGUGUAGAGUGAAGAACUUGAUGGAGGCAGGGAGAGUGUGGAAUGAUAUGAUUGAUAAGGGUUUUAAGCCUGACAUUGUUGUGCAUAAUGUUAUGCUUGAGGGGUUGUUGAGGAGUAAGAAGAGAUCUGAUUCAAUCAAGUUGUUUGAGAUAAUGAAAGCCAAGGGCCCUUUACCUAAUGUCUGCAGCUAUACAAUUAUGAUCCGGGAUUUUUGCAAGCAAAGGAAAAUGAAAGAAGCCGUGGAGUAUUUUGAUGCCAUGCUCGAAUCCGGGUGUCAGCCAGAUGCUGCAGUUUACACCUGUUUGAUAACAGGGUUUGGGCAUCAGAAGAGGAUGGACCUGGUUUAUGAUUUGUUACAGGAGAUGCAAGAAAAGGGUUAUCCACCCGAUGGGCGCACCUACAAUGCAUUAAUCAAAUUGAUGACAAGUCAAAGAAUGCCAGAUGACGCGGUGAGGAUAUACAAGAAGAUGAUUCAGAGUGGCACAGAACCAACAAUUCACACUUGCAACAUGAUCAUGAAAUCCUACUUCCAAACGAGAAACUAUGAAAUGGGUCAUGCAGUUUGGAAUGAGAUGCUUAGGAAGGGGUGUUGCCCUGAUGACAAUUCCUAUACUGUUUUCAUUGGAGGGCUAAUUAGUCAGGGACGAGCUGCAGAGGCAUGUAAGUUUUUAGAAGAGAUGAUAGAGAAAGGAAUGAAGGCUCCACAACUUGACUACAAGAAGUUUGCAGCUGACUUAUCCAGAGCUGGUAAACCUGAUAUACUUGAUGAAUUGGCUCAAAAAAUGAAGUUCUCUGGUAAAUUUGCUGCCUCCAAUGUCUUCGCUAGUUGGGCUGAGAUGAUGAAGAAUAAGAGAAGGGGAUCUUAUUAGAACUGAGUGAUGGUGCUCCUGACUCAUUUGUAAAGGACCACUGGUGCUAUUUUGAGAUGCAUAACGAUAAUAGCCUGUCUGAGUACAUUACUUCUUCCAGAUUUAAUUGGCUGGUUUGGUUAACAGUUGCUGCUGUAGCUUAUCGACUAUAUCCACACUGAUGUUUGUUGUAUAUUUGAUUUGUUAUUUUAUCCUGUAUUCUUGGUUCGGUUAUUUUUUAUUGAUCGGUAUUCUUCUGAUGCUGAGUAAAGUUCACUCCUGAAUUUUCACUUGGCUUUUGUUCUUUGUUUUGGAAG